AUGAGGAAAGUGUGGAAAGCCCAGCUCAAUGACGACCUCAAGAGGCGACUCUUUGUAGCGAUGGUCGAGUCUGUACUGCUUUACGGAGCUGAAUCGUGGACCCUUACUGUAAAGCAGGAGAAAUCGCUUGAUGGCGUCUACACGAGGAUGCUGCGCAUGGCUCUGAAUGUCUCAUGGAAAGACCACAUCAGCAACAUCGACCAUGAUGGAGGCCUUCCACACAUCUCAGACAAGAUCAGGGAGAGGAGGAUGGCUCUAGCAGGACAUUGCAUCCGCCUCCCGGAGCUAGCAGUCCACAACACCAUCCUGUGGAAGCCGACUCAUGGAACUGCAAGGAGGGGGCGGAGACCAGCUACGUACAUCGACACGGUUGGUCUCAGUGACACAGGGGAGCUGAGGUCCCUAAUGCUGGAUAGGGAUAAGUGGAGGGCGGCGACCAAGUCCCGAGUUGGUGUAGGCUAG